AUGAAGGUCUCACAGAUCCUCGCGUACUGCGCGCUCGCCACAUCAGCAGCCAACGCUGCUUUCAUACCUGAAAUCAACGCCAUCAACCUCAUUGAAGAUCGCGCCGAUGCUCAACCACGAUCAUCAGAGGUCGUCGCACCAGACCACAGCCUAGAGAGGAGAAAGGGCGGCGGUGGUCGCGGCGGUGGUAGCAGCUCUGGAGGCAGCUCUAGCUCUGGCUCCAGCGGUCGCACGUCUUCCAGUUCCUCCGUAGGAGGCUCGACGCGCGCUGGCUCUGGAACACCUCGCGCAUACGGUGGAGGAUACUAUGGCGGUGGCGCGGCCGUGCCUUACUCCGCUGGUUCAAGGACACCGAAGGGACUGGUUGCUGCUCCCCUUCUUUUGGGUGUCGGCCUUUUGGCCAUUAUGCCCGGGCUUUGGCUGUACUCAGUCUAUCCUUAUCACUUCAGUAAUCCUGCAUGUAGCGAAACGAACCAGAACAAUCCCAACGGCACAAACACUACGCUCCCAGUCACCUGCUUGUGCCAAGAGUACAGCCCUUGUGGUUGUGACGAGAAUGACAAUCAGCAGUACCUGAACGACCUUGUUGGCAACGGAAGCUACGCUGCGCUGAACAAGUCUCUCGUCACCGUCUCUGACGUCAAUGGCACACGAAACCUGGUCAUCAACGGCACCCUGUCCAACGGCACAACUGCCCCAGGCGGUACCGAUGAUGAGAGCGCUGCUAUCAACCUCAGGAUCGGCAAGUACGCUGGUUACUGGGUCAUGGCAACCAUCGUUCUCACCGGCAUCAUGAUGUAA